AUGAACUCACAAACAAACUAUCUCGUCUUUGGUGGAACAGGUCGCCAAGGAGGCUCCGUUAUCAACGCUCUUCUUGAACCUUCAACCACCGUUUCCCCAUCGCAAAUCUACGCUGUUACAAGAAACACCGAGGGCGCUUCUGCCCAACGCCUAGCCGGCCGCGGCAUCAACCUUAUCCAAGGGGAUCUCAUCAACUCGCCCAGCAUCAUGGAGGAAUUGGUUACACGUGGCGUCCAGCAAUCCAAGACCGUCGUCUAUUUUGCACAGGCCCACGGCCCAACUGAAGUGGACGAGGCCAAGAGCUUGAUCGACGCCUCUGUGGCCUCGGGUCUCCAAUACAUUGUCUACUCAUCCGUCGACAGAGGCGGCAAAGAGGCAUCAGACCGAGACGCUUCAUACUGCAAGACAUUUUCCGACAAGUUUCUCAUUGAAAAGCACCUGGAAAAGAUGACCAAGGACACUGCUGUCGAUUACACCAUUAUCCGACCUACCUGGUUCAUUGACAACGCAUCUUGGGGCUUCCCAGGUCGUCUCUCCAUGACUGCAUGGCGCGACGUAAUGGGCGGCAAGAAACUUCAAGUCACAAGUACCAAAGACAUUGGCCGCUGGGCAGCUUUUGCUAUGCUUCGCCCGGACGAAGCUGCGCUCAGGAACAGCGCGCUCAGCAUCGCCAGCGACGAGUUGACUUUUGAUGAAAUGGACGACAUCUUCAAGCAAGAGAUGGGCAAAAAUAUCGAGGUCAUGAAUGGCCUAGUGACUAGAGCUAUUGUUUGGAUGACGACAGAUUUGAGAACCAUGUUUGGCUGGAUCAAGGAGAGAGACUAUGGUGCUGAUAUGGUGGAACUGCAAAAGCACAUCAAGCCCUACACGUUUCGCCAGUGGGCGGCUGAUUUGCGAAAGAGCCAGAGAGUUUGAAUUUAGUCCACUGUUUGUAUCAUAGUAAUUGGG